GAUUUGUCCAACCGCCAUAGAAAGCUGCGCUUCCGGUAGUAAGCUACCAAAGCUUCAUAACAUCACGUUAUCAGUUGGAUACGGACAGGUCAGCUAAUAUAUUUACACUCACGUUUGAAGUCUGUACAUCGGUUGUAUGUGCCAUGUUUUUAACGCUGCACGGAGGACACUGAUCAUAGUUGAACACAAGUCCAAUCGUUCUACCGGGUCGUUUCAGUAUGUUGUGCGGGGCUGUGGUUGUCAACAGUGGGCAGAGGGUGUUGCGGUACCUCAGUGUAGUGCGGUUUGUAACCCAGUUUGGUACACGUACUAACGUCACCUACAUACAAGGCCAGAGCCCCGAACCGCGCAUUCGGGAAUACUUCUACUACAUUGACCACCAAGGACAGCUGUUCCUUGAUGACACUAAAGUGAAAAACUUUGUCACGUGUUUCAAAGAUAAGCACUUCCUGGUGUUCUUCUUCACCCGUCUCCGUAGGAACGAGAGUGGGCGGUACCAGGACGACUUCCCCUUCCUGUCCCUGUGUGGCCGCGAGAGAAACUUCCUGCGCUGUGACGACCGUCCGCUGGUGUUCACCCACUUGAUUCCCGCCGCUGGGGGGACAGAGACCGCUGGGGGUACGUUGACAGAUGUGGGGACAGGAGGAGCCCCAGAGCUACUGUCGUUCUGUUGGGGCGGUGACAAGCUGGCCGUCAAGUUCCGUCCAAAGUCUCUCUACAUGCAUCCUGGGACUGGGCGUGUCUACCACCCCUGCUCUGAGCGCCUGGGGGGCGUCGGCCUGGUGCGCUCUGCCCUCGCCAUAGAGCUCAGCCCCUUCUUCCUGUACCCAAUUCAACAACGCCAAUCAGAACAGCCCACACACUUCUUGUGGGCGGGACAACAGCACACACUGACUAAUGAACUGGCAGGAUGUUUCCCCCCUGAAGAGGAGGGAGGGAUGGGCUGAUCAGAAUAACACUGCUGUAUUCAGAAGGCAGAAGAUGAAUACCCGAAAGUUGCCAAUUGAAAGAGUGGACAUGAUGGUUAUGUUCCAAAUGGAACCCUAUUCCCUAUAUAGUGUACUACUUUUGACCAGAGUAGAUAGGGCACUGUUCAAAAGUAGUGAACUUUGUAGGGUAUAGGGUGCCAUUUGGGAUGUAGACGAUGAGUGGUUAUGUAUAUUUGUUACAUUACUACCUGUGAUAUUCAGAACAGUGCACAUCAUUAAUCAAAAUGGUAAUGAUAUUUUGGCCCAAAUGGGUCAGGAGCAUGCAAAUUCUAACAGUCAGAAAAUGCUAAUAAUCAGUUCCUCCUAUUGGACAAAUUCAAGUUGUACCCAUUAAUUUAGAAACAUUUUGCCUCUGUUUGCACUGUCUAGUGAAUGUAAUCUCGGCAGAAGUAACAUCUUGCAUAAUUGUGUCAGAUGCUCGAUCGAGUUCUUGGAGGCGACUUAUUAGAAAAUAUACUAGCGAAGUCUCCACUCUUCUAAACGGAAACUCUCAGCCAGUGUUGGGCAAGUCUAUGGGCCAAAUGUCCCCUCCCAUUCAGAAAUUCUAAAGAUGUGAAAUUGUGAGUUGUCCAAAUGAUCAGUGAAGAAAAAUCUGAAAAAAAUUAAAGUCUGUCGACAAAUGCUACAACUA